GUCCAAUUCACUUCUAUUCUCAUUUUUCGCUUCUUCUCAUUAGGUUCAGUCGCUCAUUCUAACCACCAUGGCUUUAGAUCAUCUCACCCAGACCUACGCUGACGAGCAAGACGCUGCCGACCCGCUCCGUCACCUCCGCGAUGAAUUUAUCAUUCCAACGCGACACAACUUAGAAAACACCGGCGUCGCAAGCACCGAUAGUGACACGCAAUGUACAUACCUAUGCGGAAACUCGCUCGGCGUCCAGCCCAAACGGGCGCGCAAAUAUAUUCAUCAAUUCUUGGACUCGUGGAGCCAGCAAGGUGUUUUUGGUCACUUUAAACAGCUCAAGAACAGCUUUCUACCACCAUGGGUACACAUGGAUGAUGCUGUCAAAAACGCGGCUACACCCUUAUUUGGUGCAUUGCCUACAGAGGUUGCCAUCAUGGAAACAUUGACAGCGAAUCUGCAUUUGGCUAUGGCUAGCUUCUAUAAGCCAACUAAGGAAAGAUACAAGAUCAUCAUCGAGGGAAAAGCUUUCCCUAGCGAUCACUACGCAGCAAUCUCCCAACUCGAGCACCACGGUCUUCCCCCCUCCGCUCUUAUAUGCAUCACCCCUCCAGAUGACAAAUCCCCCUACCUUCCAACAGACCAUAUAUGCGCAAUCAUAUCUGAACAUGCCGCCUCCACAGCACUCGUCCUCCUCCCUGGUAUCCAAUACUACAGCGGUCAACUCUUCGAUAUUGCCACGAUUACCGCCCACGCACACUCGCUAGGCCUGGUAAUCGGCUGGGACCUGGCACAUGCGGCGGGAAAUGUGCCCCUGCAGUUACAUGACUGGGACGUCGACUUCGCUGUGUGGUGUAACUACAAGUACCUAAACUCCGGACCCGGUGCUAUUGGAGGGCUAUUCGUGCACGAGAAACACGGGAUCGUGACACCUAAGAGGCAGACCGAUGGUGGCGCGGAACUUCCCGCUGUCAUUAAAGACGGCGAGCAAAUUCCAGAAUUGGAAUACAGACCGAGACUGAGUGGCUGGUGGGGAAACGAGAAAUCAACACGGUUUCGCAUGGAGCCGCAGUUCCACCCCCGUGCAGGAGCUGCUGGGUAUCAGUUAUCCAAUCCAUCUGCACUCGACAUAUCUUCUGUCAUGGCAUCGCUAUCCGUCUUCAACGAGACAAGUAUGCCGGAACUGCGUUCCAAAUCGCUGAAGGUCACCAAAUUUCUCGAAGACUUACUCGUGCACCGACCGUGUCGAACGGAUCGAAGUGAUGCUAAUGCGUAUGAGAUCAUCACACCGAUGAACCCUGCAGAGAGAGGUGCGCAGAUCAGUGUCAAGGUCAAGCCAGGUUUCUUGGACACGGUGAUGGAGGUGCUAGAGGCAGAGGGUGUGGUGGUGGACGAGCGUCAGCCGGAUGUUGUGCGUGUGGCACCGGCGCCGCUGUACAACAACCAUCGCGAUGUGUGGGACUUUCAUGUCGCAUUUGAAAAGGCACUUGAGGCUGCGACAGCCAAGGCUGGUGAGGCUCAGUGAUAUCCGCAUCUGUUAUUUAACUAGGAGUAGGAGAGAUGAAGGAC